UUCACAUCAUGGCCAAUAUAUUCCUGACCGCAAAUGCAGAAAGCUACCAAUCACAUAACCUCUUCUACCCUCACAGUUCAUAUUAAUUCCCCCAACCCUUUCCUCCUCCUCCUCCUCCUCCUCCUCCUCCUUUCAAAACCCAAUUUUCUCUCAGCAUUUCUCCAAUCAAAUUCUUCACAUCUUCUCUCUUUCAGAAUGGCUUUAGAAGCAGUAGUCUUCCCAAAAGAGCCGUUCACUUACUCCCCCUGCAAGGACCUCUAUUCCUUGUCAAACGGAGAGCAAGACCGUUGGAACUUUGAAUUUGAAUUUCCACUGCAGGAGGAGAGCAUUUGGAACGUUCUUUCUCCGCCGCCGGAACUAGUCGUCGGAGCUGAUGCUUUCAACGAGCAGAAUCAUACGACGGCACCGGUCAUAGUCGGCGGCAACUCUAAGAAAAAAAGACGGCGCAUAAAGCGGUGCAAGAACAAGGAGGAAGCCGAGAAUCAGAGAAUGACACACAUAACCGUGGAGCGCAACCGCCGCCGCCAAAUGAACGACUACCUCGCUGUUCUCCGAUCAAUCAUGCCGGCUUCCUACGUCCAUAAGAGCGAUCAAGCAUCCAUCAUCGGGGGAGCAAUAAGCUAUGUGAAGGAACUUGAAUAUAUGCUCCAAACCUUAGAAGCUCGCAAGAAAAUCGACCAUCAGUUUCCAUUCCUCUGUUCUAAAGACAGUACAAAGAAGGUGGAACAAAUGGCGGCUACGAAGGCGGCGGCCGACAUAGAGGUGACGAUGGUGGAGAGCCAUGCCAACCUCAAAGUCUUAUCAAAGCGGCAGCCGAGGCAGCUGCUGAAGAUGGUGAUGGGUUUGCAGAGUCUAAGACUGACGACGCUUCAUCUCAAUUUGACCACCAUUAAUGACCUGGUUCUUUACUCUUUCAGCCUAAAGGUUGAAGAUGACUGUCAGUUGGCUUCGGUGGAUGAGGUUGUGAAGGCUGUGUAUCAGAUGAUGGAGAGGAUUCGAGAGGAAACUGGGUUUUAGUACCCAGUACUUUCCAGGCUUUGGGGCUGUGAAGCUCCCCCUGGUUUAUUAAUGUGAUGCGGCUGCUUAAAAGUACUGGGGUUUAAUUAAUUUUGUAAAUUCAGAUUUAGCAGUAAAAUUUGAGAAUUUCAA